AUGGCAUGUUCAAAGAUAUUUUCGGGAGAUUUGCCCGAAUUAUUAAAUAAAAUUUUACAAUAUCUUCAUCAUGAUUAUAAAACACUAUAUUCGUGUAUAUUGGUAAAUAGAUUAUGGUGUCGUUUAGCAAUUUCAUUAUUAUGGGAAGAUCCAUUUUCAAUUAACUUUUCUAAACUUCCUAAAAAUUAUAAUUUUAUGGAUAUUUAUUUACAUAAUUUUCCUUCACAUACAUUAUUUGAUUAUCCUAGUUUUAUUAAACGUUUAAAUCUAAAAGAAAUUGGUUUUUCUAUUAGAAGUUGGGUUCAUAAUAAAGAAGGUUCUAUUAGAAGUUGGGUUCAAAAUAAAGAAAGUAUUAAAGGUACUUGGCAGGCACUAUUUUCAUUAUUUAUUGAAAAUGAAGUAAAUUUGCAUAGUUUGGAAAUUUUAGAUUAUCCGGAAUAUGAAUAUUGUGAUGUUUUCGAAUUAAUUUUACAAAAUUCAAAUUUCAUUCGUAAUGUCAAAAAUUUCACACUUGAUUUUGAUUCUUGUAAAAUAGAUGAUAAUAUUACAAAAUUUUUAACAUUUCUUUGUUCUAGUUGUAAUUUAAUUUCAUCAUUUUAUUAUAUAUUUCCAUUUCCACCUUAUGAUAAUCAUCCAACAAUAGAAAAAAGUUUAUCAAAAUUCAUUAAUUCUCAAAAAAAUCUUAAUAAGAUUUUAAUUGGUUAUAAUAAUUUCCCCUUAUACCAUUUUUUAUUAUCUUUAAAAAAUUCUAAUUGUUCAAAUACAUUGAAUACAAUUAUAUUUUAUUAUAUUGAUUUUAAAAAUAUAAUUGUUUUAAAUGAAGUAUUCAAUCAAUUGAAUUGCUUAGAAUCAAUUCAUUUUAUAUAUUGUGAAUCUCUAGAUUCUAAAUUUGUUCAACAAAUUAUUAAUAUAACUAAACCAUUUAAAUUGAAAUCUUUAUUGUUGGAUGAUGAUGAUUUUCAAAUUGAUUCAUUAGAAUUAUUAUUAAAAAAAUCUGGUAAUUAUUUGGAAGAUUUUGGAAUUGAAGUAAAUAUUCAAUCAAAACAAUUGCUGCAGCAAUUAUUUGAAUUAAUUAUAAAAUAUUGUAGUAAAAUUAAAUUUUUACAAUUACCUGAUAAAUUACCUGAUCAGAAUAUAAAUUUAGUAUUCAAUUUAAUUGAAAAUAUUAAAAACAAUCUUAAUUAUCUUUUAAUUACUACCUAUCAUGAUGUUGAUAAUUUUAGUUCAAUUAUAUUACAAAAUUUAGGACAAAUUCUUCCUUUUAAAUUAGAAUAUUUGAAUUUGAAUCUUGCAAUCAAUGGAAAUGAUUUAGAAGUAUUCUUGAUAAAUUCUCAAAAUACUUUUAUUAAAAAAUUAUUAAUUAGAAAUAUAAAAAAAGAUGAUAGUGAAGAUAUUUUCCCUUAUAUAUAUAUAGAAGAAUAUAUUAUGAAAAAGAAAAGAGUUAAGUAUUUAGCAAUUUCAGAUAUGUUUCGUGGAGAGAGUGAAGAUUUGUUUUCUCUGAAGGAUAAAGUAAAGGAAUUUGAAUUAUAUGGAAUUCAAGUUUUAGAAUAUCUUGAGUUAUAUAUUGAUAUUGAUCAUCUUAUAAAAGAGAUUUAUUUAUAA